UAAAGAGUAAAAUUUCUCUUCCUCUCAUAGAGUGUUGUGAGAUCUGCAAAAUAAAUAGAAUAAAAGCCACCAUAGGAAGAAACGACAAGCUGAGAAGGGGAAAAUGAACACUGCCCUUCUCGAUAAUUUUGAUUUUCUUUCCUUUUCUAGGCUUCAGUUUUUAAAUCCAUAAGAUCAUGAGAAUUCGAAAGAACAAGAAGCUGAUAUACACGCCCGAGAAUGUUCACGUUUGCCGGCUGAACCAGUCAACAUGGGAUGUGAUUCCUUUAUCUCCAGAACAGUACCCUUCGUAUCUUCAUCACCAGUUCGAAUGGGAAUAUAGCUGUGAUGAAAAUGGGAGUAUUGGCGAUUCUAUCGGCGUUGUUGAGAGCGUAGCUACAAUGGUGGGAAGUGAAGAGGAAGCAAUUAUGAAAGUGGGAGGCAUGGUUAUCGAUGGUAACGACGAUAACAAUGAGACUAAAGCAGCCAAUCAAUUUGGGUUCGAGUGCCAAUGCGAAGAAGAAGAAGGGGAUGAGGAAUCCAGUCAAGAGCCAGCUCUGCUGAAAUCUUGCAACAACAGCAACGGUAAUGGGUAUAAUAUUAAUCUCGGCAAGAAAGUCGAGAAUUACAACAAUCAACCGACCGGGAGCCGCCGAGGACGAGCUCGAGCAUCCAGGAAAGACUCAUUCUCAACACCGAAUCCGUAUGAAUUUUACUAUUAUUCUGGGUUUGGCCCGUCGUGGGUUAAAAAGAGACGUGACGGAGAUGAAGGAAAGGGAAUCAACAAGAAUCAAAUUGAGCCUAAAGAGGUUGAAAACAACAUAUGUGUGAUCACUUCCCAAAACAAUUCGGCACUAUUGUCUUCCUCACAAAUCGAUGAUAACGAAGAAUAUGAUUAUGUCGAUGAGGAGGAGGAGGAUGACGAAAACGGGGACAGUGGCAAGAAACGAAUGAGAAAGCCCAUUAAAGCAAGAUCGUUGAAGUCCCUAAUGUGAAG